AUGGGCCAUAACAUCUCCUUGCUGCUAUUAAAUGUAGCCAGCUUGAGUCGGUACCUGGCAGAAGUCUUCAACUUAUUUGAGGUCACGUCCUCGCCGAUAGUUAUCCUCACUGGAACACAUCAUAAGAAAAAAGCAACGAAACGUCUUGCUGCACAUGCAUUUAAUUACAAUUUUUUCACGUCGCAAGGAUCAAAUGCCUUUGGAGGUGUCCUAGUGGCCAUUCACAAGUCAAUUCGUUGUCAAAGACGGGACGAAUUUAAUCAGGUUAAUAACCUAGUAGUACUCGAACUCGGUGAAGGUACUGAUGCAUUUCAACUGGCCUCUUGUUACUCUCCUCCAGCUGAAAAAAUCCCGCUCGAAAUCUUCGAUAGUAUCCUCGACAUCAAUCCAAACACGAUCUUCGCUGGUGAUUUAAACGCGAAGCAUAGUUCAUGGUCAGUUUCAAUCGAAAAUGCGAAAGGGUAUGCCCUUUAUAACUGGCUAGCCUCGUCUAGGAUCCAUUCGUCGUUAGAAAUUAUAAAUAAGUAUGCUACCACCUCAACUCGCUCGGAUGCAACCAUUGAUUUAUUUAUUGCUCCCUCGAAAUUUGCCACGUCAAAAUUCUCCGUACUCAAAUCGAUUGGUAGCGAUCAUUUUCCGAUAAUCUGGAACCCGCAUAUGAAUUUCCGCUCGAACCAUGUCAAACUGCCGAUCCAACGAACAAAAUGGAAAGCUUUCGAUCUCUUCAUUACAUAUGUUGGUAGUUACUGGCAAGAACUAGCGGAUCACAUGAACCAUUCAGCUAUGUUCUUCACAUUAUACGAGCGUUUCUUAUCGUUGUGUCUUGCGAGAUUCACUAUCGUUUCACUCUGCAAUUCGGUGAAACCAUCUCUCCCAAAUCACAUCGUGCAGAUGAUCGAUCAAAAGCGACUGUAUCUUCAACUCUUUCGACGAACACGACAUCCCUUUUUCGCAUCGGUGCUUCGUCAUAUAUCGAGGCUCGUGUAUAAAGAGAUCUUCCAGUACAAAAGGCAAGCGUGGCAAAUUUAUUGCAAAUCGCUAAACGACUGCGACACGAAGCGGUUUUGGAAGAAAGCAAAAAAUCACUUCAAAGCAAAAUCUAUCCCUAUCGUUGGGCUUAAGCACAACAACAACGUAAUCGUUGACCGCACAGAAAUGUGCGCGAUUGCCAAGGAUUAUUAUGAAGCUCAAUUUACCAGUCAUUCACGAGAGCAUACAAUCAUCGAAGCUGAAGCUGAGGUGCUGGACGAAGAACUGGAAAAGGCUUUGAUUAUCGAUCCACCAACGCCAAUCACAAUCGAUUUUCAGGAGCUGAAACGUUCGGUUUCAACGCUCAAAAACAAGAAUUCGUCAGGAUUGGAUGGCGUUUCGAACAGGAUUAUCAAAGCACUCCCAUCGAAUCAUCUAUCGAUUAUUCUCAAAUGUUUCAACAACUUCGGAAGGACACUACAAACCUCUCCGCACUGGCACACAGCCAAAAUGAUCCUGAUACCUAAAACAAAAGCAAGGACGAUCGCCAUUGAAGAAACUCGCCCAAUAUCGUUACUACCGUGCUUUUCGAAGCUAUUCGAAAAGUGCUUCUUAAUCCACUUCAGAAAAUGGAUUAACAGUCAAGGUCUCCUGCCCGACGAACAAACCGGUUUUCGUCCAGGUCACAACAUGGCAGUUAGAUUGGUCGCGAUUGUUGAUCAAAUCGGACAAAGUCUGGCGAAACAUACUGCUGCCGGUGGUUUAUUCGUCGAUUUUCGCACGGCCUUCAACCAGCUUUGGUUUCAGGGACUGUGGAUCAAAUUAAUCAAAUUGAACUGUCCGAAGUAUUUAAUCGCAUGGCUGCGGCACUAUUUACGUGAUCGCAAUGCUUAUAUCGACAUGAUCCCAGCGAAGUCUAUCGUCUUCGAUUUAGCAAAGGGUGUCCCGCAAGGUAGUGUGGUGGGACCGGUGUUAUUUAUAGUAUACCACCAUGACCUCCUCGAGUCACUCGACACGAUCCACUGGAAACACCUUUUUGCAGAUGAUCUAGCGAUUCUGUUUACACCCGACUCGUCUUUAGCACCACCAAAUAUGAUCCAAGACAUCGUUGAGCACCUAGAAGAGGUCCUGGUCAGACUCAUCGACUACUCUAAGACCUGGAAGCAGCCGAUCAACUUCAAUAAAACCUACUGGAUGCUGUUCAAUAGACAAGUUGCUCCAAAAGUUCCAGUGAUCGUCUGUCAAGAUCAUCGUAUCGAUCGAGUAAAUAGAUUUAAAUAUUUGGGCACUAUUCUCGACGAAAAACUGUCGUUCAAUCCGCACAUAGAUCACAUCAAAUCAAAAAUAAAUGCAAAUUUGAAGAUUUUCAAACGUCUUUCAUCGACAAGAAUGACAAGCGAAAAUACCAAUUUCAGACUCUACAACGCGUACAUUCGACCAUACUAUCAGUCAUUGUUAAAUAUUUAUCCAAUGUUAUCAAUAGGCAAAAAAGAGCAAUUGGAAGGUCUAAAUCGAAAGAUAUUCAGAAUUAUCUAUAACUGGCAUGAUGCCAGGAAUAUAGAAAUCUCAAAUAUGGACAAAUAUCGAUCACUGGCCGACUUAGCGUUAACGCACUGGAGUAAACUGAAAGAAACGAUCUUCCGUACAAAUCCCGGCAUAAUCCAGGACUACUUACAACACAAACUGGCGAUAGUAUAUCUCAAAGAGUACGUAAACAAUCCUGUGUUGAUGCGGCAAAGAAGAACAAUUUUUGGAAGAGGUCGAAUUCGGAAAUACAUAAGGAAUCUAACGACAGACAACCAGAUGACUCUCCUUGAUCACGUCUUGGCUUACCAUAACUGA